UUGGAGCCAUUUCACAGUUUUGACAACACCUACUAAAAAGUGGAACUGAUAUUUCCUGCAGCUCCGGUUCCCUUCCGGUGUGUUUUUGUUGUCCCACCGCUAGCUGCAGCCGUGUUAGCGUGGCUAGCGAUGUAAAUAAAGACAAAACAGAAUACAGGAGGACCUAGUUGUCAAUGGAAUCCUUGUGGUCAAAACUCUCAGCUGCUCUACCGAUUAAUGAGGAACAGUUCCCUCUGCAGUUCAGUGACAAAGUGGAGUCGAGUGUGGUGGAAAUGCUGACGAGAUCCAGACACCAACUGUACAGCACCACAAGAAGCAACAACCAAACUCUUUAUGCUCAAGUCGUUUUGGACAUUUCAUGGGAGAGACUCAACACCGGAACAUGGCGUGAUGUGGACAAGGACUGGAGGCGACUUUACUCCUAUGGCUGCCUGUUUAAAGUGGCCGCUUUAUGUCGAGAAAGUCCAUCAGAGCAUGAGAUCCUUCAGGCUGUCAGGACGUGUGACAUGGGUUUACUCAUGGGCGCGGCCGUCAUGGAUAAUAUACUCCAGGUUUUUGUUCGGAUUCUGCAAAGUGAAAUAAGAAAAACCACUAAAGAAGAAACGGACUAUGUUGAAGCCAAGAUGUCACUGAAGAUGAAGUGCCACACAUUCUCAAAGAGAAUGAAGAUUGUGGUCCCACGUGUUCCUCCAAUCAAAGAAGAGUUGGCGGUGGAGAGGAUUAAGUGUCCUUCUCUGGAAAGCUUCAAUACAAAGUACUUGGUUCCUCUCAAGCCGGUGAUUUUAGAAGGGAUAAUCGACCACUGGCCCGCCCUCAACAACCGUCCCUGGAGCUUAGAGUAUCUGAGGUCGGUGGCGGGCUGUCGGACGGUUCCUGUGGAGGUGGGGUCCAGGUACACGGAUGAGGACUGGUCACAAACACUGCUCACCGUCAACGAGUUCAUCGACAAGUACAUUCUAGAAAAAGUCCAGGAUUCUCAGAGUGGAGAGAGAGCCGUGGGUUAUCUUGCUCAGCACCAGCUUUUUGAUCAGAUUCCAGAGCUAAAAGAGGACAUCCACAUCCCAGAUUACUGCUGUCUGGGUGAAGGAGAUGAAGAUGAUAUUACUGUCAACGCCUGGUUUGGACCCACAGGUACAGUGUCUCCACUUCACCAGGAUCCUCAGCAGAACUUCCUGGCCCAGGUGGUGGGAAGCAAAUACGUCCGCCUGUAUUCCCCAGAGGACACAGACAAGCUUUACCCCCAUCAGUCGCAGCUCCUCCACAAUACCAGUCAGGUUGAAGUGGAGAAUCCAGACUCCGAACGCUUCCCCAAGUUUGUCAGAGCUCCGUACCUGGAGUGUGUGCUGCAGCCCGGAGACGUGCUUUUUAUCCCAGUCAAACACUGGCAUUAUGUCCGAUCCUUAGACGUCAGCUUCUCUGUCAGCUUCUGGUGGUCAUGAUUCCUAAUAAAUCAGAUGUAUUGUG